AUGUUUUGCGUGAUCGCUGCAUGCUUAUGCGUGAGCGUGAAGGAUAGAGCCACUGGCAUUGACGAAUUUGGCGAAGAGUUGCUACCAUUCCUUCGGCUGUUGGUGGACGAUGCCGGAAGCAAAGCAUCGCCACGGGUAGAAGUUGAAGCAUCUGCAAGCGAGGGCGAGUUGCCAUUUCGUGGAACCCCCUGCGCUUCAGGUGCCACAGAUGGUGAAGCGCAUGACAGAGAACUCGCAGGCCAUGGCAAGCCCCUCUGGAGUGCAGACAUCUGUCGACUCUCCUUGUUUAGGAUCAUGCUUCUCAGACUCUAG